CCGUUCAGCUGUCGCACCCCCCCUGGUACACACGGCACAGCCAGCGCAGGCACACCAGCAGUCAGCGAGAGCAAAGCACGGAAGCGCCAACGAAAAAAUGGUGGGACUUUUGUGCUGCAGUCUCGCCAUCCUACUCACGGCCGGCGCGGCUUCUUCCGCGGUCGGUACGAAACAGCAGCACCAACAACAUGGCCGCCACCUGCAAACUGGCUCUUUGGCGUCUCCACCAAGCCUUGCAGUGGAAGGCGCUGACCCUUGGGUCGGUCGGCCACAGGCCAACCGAUGUUCGGACCUAGAUCAAUCCGUCUUCUCCACGGGCAUGCAAUGUGGGCCGCCUCUGUCACCACCUUGCUUCCAAUCCUAUUCUACGGAGUGUCUAUCGAAUGGUGGGAUCUACGUCUUCGAUGGGGAGUGUUCGCUUCAAGACAGUAGUGAGCUGCUUGCUGCAGAUCAGGGAUACGAAUUCAGCCGGACUCGGGUGGGGGAUCAAGACGCGGCAGUGACCUUACGAAACGAAACCGCGCAGCUGGGGAUGCUGGCGGACACGUACGCGUCAGCCUGCAUGUUCGUGCAUGUAGGGAAAGGACUCAAAAGGCCGUGCGCCGUAAAUCAGCCACGGUGGAAUAACGGCGCCAAUCAUCUCCUCGUCGACAUGUCCGACAAAGGAAGGGCUUCACGACCCGACGUGGCUGGUAGUUUUGCCAUGGAAGCGGCUACCAACAUGCACACGUGUUUCUACAGGAGUGGCUACGACAUAUCAGUGCCUCUUGCUCCCAGACAGGUACUCCACGAUCUGGCAAACGUUGCUCCUCUGGAUCGGGAGUUCUUCUUGACAACAAAGUGUACAUUGUAUGUUAGCGGCCACGGUUCGGAGGAAAGGAUUAGUCUUUUACCGCUGCAAGACGAAGAACACGGCGUGGUGGUAACCAUGCACUGCUUCGAGGAACAUCAAGAGCACCUACUUCCAGAAAAUGCCGAGUUCUGUCAAGCGCUGAAAGACCAGUAUGAAGGCUACGACUACCGAAGCCUGAUGAACUCAACGUUCGGGCUGGUACCAGCUGGACGGGGUCCCGCCACGUACCGCCUCGGGGAAGUGAUGAGCGCCGGGACGAUCCCCGUAUUCGUUGGCCGGGACCUAGUUCCUCCGUUCAUGGAACAAAUCGACUGGCCUUCGAUAUCUUUCGCGUUUACGCCGGACGAAGUGGAGUCGCGCAUGAUGAAGACGUUGCUGGCGGUUCCACGAGCGCAGCUAGAGGAAAUGCAGCGCAAGUCGCUCGAGGCGUAUGGGAAGAUGUUCGGGGCGGACGUGAACGACUUCCGCCCAAGCGCUAAAAUCAUACUUGGAAUUAUUCGCAGGCGGCUAGGACUCUGGCGGAAGGGGUGAACGUGCAUGCCCGUAUGAAGUGCUGUGCAGGGUUCGUGGAUUUCUUUGCUCAU